GAGCAAAGAGCGGGCUCCAACUGUUGUCGGCACCCGCUCUCAUCAGCCGAGCGAAACCUUCUCGCCGGUUCCUCCAGUCUCCACUCAGUUCAAACGACAGCUUCCGAAUGGCUCAUCAGGUAAACAAGUGCUGCAACCUCAUCUUGUUGAAUCUCGGAAAUGCUUUCUAGACCUUUGCGUCCCGCCACCGUUACACUACUCCGUAUGUACGUGUCUGCUGGCGGCGGUACCCGCAGAAUAUUCGUGCAAUUUCUUUGUGUCGACCACUCAGAGAGCGUCAGCGACGAAAUUCGUACAACCGAAGCCACUUCUCGAAGGGAAGCCCCUGCUGUCGGAGAAUUGCUGCCCAGGCCAGAUCGCCCACUAGAACAGCAAACCUCAACGCCCUUCCCUCGCGCAUUUCGAUCGAGCGACCUCCAGCAUAUACUUCAGUAUCUUCACCCAUCACCGUCAGCAUCACACCACGACCAGCAAGUAUCCUCAUCGGUAUAUCCAAGACUCUUAGCAUCGAGACAUAUACCUCGUCUCCACUUGCGAUCCCCGCAGCCCAAUGUAGGCAAAACGAAAGUUGACGAAAUCCUCAAUCUUGGUAGCCUGGCACACAUCCUUCUCCGCAUUUCUGCUGAACACAUCCUUCACCACUAUACGCGAUAAGAGGCCGUCCUAUACGUCUUGAGAUCCACGAUGAUCAUCAUCAUCACCAGACUCUUGUCGAUCAGUUGGCGGGGUGCGACGAUGAGAUUGCUGAUCCGGCUCAUCGCGUUUGGGCACGAACGUGCUUGAUUUUCCCGCUCCCAAAGAUCGUCCUCUUGCGACGGAUCCCGUCCAAAAGAUGCGCCUUGGUUGAUCUACUUCUUUUG